UUUCUCACAAGCUGCUCGACUUGGCUAAUAAUCAGAGUGAACAUCUUUUGAGCCAAGCGCACAGGUUCCUUGGUGUAUGCUAUGGAAACGCUGCAAGAAGUUCCAAACUAGACUCUGAACGGGUUUUACUUCAAAAAAAAAUCUCUAUACUCUCUAAACAAAGCCGCAACGAUGGGCAAGGGUGAUCCGGAACCAGAUGUUGUAUAUAACUUAAGCGUUGAGAAUGCGUUUCAAAGAAACCUUCAAGCGGCUUUGGAUGGCGCGGUUGAGUAUUCUAGUAUGGUGGGAGGAGUUUCAACUAGAGGAUGGAAACAUUUAGCUGCUGUCCUUUCAGCGGAGAAACGGCUCAAGGAUGCUGAAUCUAUUCUGGACUUUACAAUGGAAGAAGCUGGUGACAUGGAAAAGUUAGACCUUCUGAAGUUGAAAGCUGUGCUUCAGAUGGCUCAAGAACAACCUAAGCAGGCGUUGAAGACAUGCAGUAACUUUCUGGCUCUAAUCCGGGCGCAGGAGAAGUCUGAACAAUCCAAGACUCUGCUAAAGAAAUAUGAAACUGAAGCUUGGCAAGACCUGGCCUCUGUCUAUGGAAAGCUAGGUUCAUGGUCAGACGCAGAAACAUGUCUAGAGAAGGCAAGAUCCAUCUGCUUUUAUUCUCCCAAAGGCUGGAAUAAAACAGGUUUGUGUCUCGAAGCUAAAUCACUUCACGAAGAGGCUUUGAUAGCCUUCUUCAUGUCACUCUCGAUAGAUCCAGACCACGUGCCCAGCAUUGUUUCUAUAGCAGAGGUUAUGAUGAAAUCCGGAGGUGAUACACUUGCAACCGCUAAGAGUUUUCUGAUGAACGCCUUACGGUUAGACCCGAAAAGUCACGACGCGUGGAUGAAGCUAGGACAUGUUGCUAAAAUGCAAGGCUUAUCACAGCAAGCUGCAGAGUUUUACCAAGCUGCGUAUGAACUAGAGUUGUCGGCUCCGGUUCAGAGUUUCAUCUGACUUGCAAAAACUCGGGCAGAAUCAGGUAACAAAAUCUUCUUCAGCCUCUAAACAAAACUUGCAGAGUGGCAGGUUCUUGAGAGUAUAACUUUUUUGAUGAUUAGAGUGUGAAGUUGUACUUUUGUUGGAUGGUUGGUUAUGUUAUAUAAGACAGUAAGGGUUAUAUCUCAAAAUCUACCUAAAUGAAUGUUACAGGCGCUUCCUUAGAUGAGUAACUUGCUGUUCUUCA